AUGUUCACUUUAAAGAACGCCUUCGUGGCGAUCCUCGCUUUGGCUGGAAUUGUUGCCACAGUCCCCGUCAAUGACCCCGAGAGCGUCACCAUCAAUGCCACUGAUGGCGCCUGCCCCGACAACAACGCCAGCUUCGACUUUAUGAUUCAGUUCUGGCAGGACGAGAGCGUGGAACACAACCUCAUGGUUCAUCUACAGAUCCGCGUCAAUCGACUGCGGUCAAUGCGUCUCUACCACGUCUAG